CAUCCCCGAACACACUUUUGAACUAACUUUCAUGGUGCCAACGUCGUCCUAGCGUUGUCAGAUUUUGCCGUAGUUGCGGGUUUAUUCCCAAAUAUCGGAGAAUUUCACGGUUCACCGUCCUUAAAGGAUUGUGCAACGGACACAACUCUUAUUUCAAUUUGAACUUUCGCGUGAUUGUUCGUUGAAUCUCGUUUUUUUAGUGGAUUUCCUGUCAUCUUUACAUUACCACGUAAUAGCACAUCAUGAAGCCGUUUGCAUUCGGAGUGGUCAUCAUUGCCGCCUUUUGCGUGGCCAACGUUUUCGGUGCCGAUGAGCCAGCAAAGGAUAACGAUGAAGACACAGUCAAGAUCUACAAGCGGCUCAUCCCCGCCGAUGUGCUAAGAGAUUUCCCGGGAAUGUGCUUCGCUUCAACUCGUUGCGCCACCAUCGAACCAGGCAAGUCGUGGGAUCUUGCUCCAUUCUGUGGACGCUCGACCUGCGUAGUAUCGGAGACCAAUCAAUCUCAGCUGUUGGAAUUGGUUGAGGAUUGCGGACCACUGCCACUGGCCAACGACAAGUGUAAGUUGGAUACUGACAAGACCAACAAAACCGCUCCAUUCCCAUAUUGCUGCCCCAAGUUCACCUGCGAGCCAGGCGUGAAACUGGAAUACCCAGACGCCAAAGCCCCGGAAUCCGAUGCAGAAGAGAAGAAAAAUUAAGUUCAAACUCCUGAAAUGAGAAAGACCCCAACAUGAGAACAACAAAAUAAUAGAGUAUUAAACACCCAACCUCAAACGUAUGUUUCGGUGUACUUCCAUUUUUGUACCGAUAUUAGACGUAGACUAUUAAGGCUAAUCUAAAGAAAUGGCAGAAAAGUGUAUUAUCGAACAAGGAACACACCAUAUACCUAUUAGUCAAGUAUGUGAUAUUAGAAAUAUGUAUUUAUCUGAAAAGUACUAUUUUAAAAACACAAUGUUUCGUUACCAUUCCAACUGUUGGCGUGAAGAUAGUGCUGAUUGCAGAUUUUCACCGGAAGGACAAAUUGAUCAUAGUCGAGCAGUUUUUUUUUUCGAUGUCGCUAAUACUUAAUUUUGUUAUGUCACAUGAAAAAAGUACAGAUGUUUUAUGAAUAAAGUUCUCAUUUUUCAGUA